AUGGAAUCGCCAACCAAACUAGCUCCAUCCGUAGUAUCACCUCCAAACGGUGAUUCCAUCAGAUAUUCUACAUCUUCCAGUAUGCCGCCAGUACCACCACCCUCAUUCUUUCUCGAAUCGCUGCAUGAAGCCUCCGACUUCGAUAGCCCUUCGCCAUCAUCAGCAAACUCGUCCUCAUCAAAUGCUUCCAUAAAUAAAGCCAACAAUCAACUGCACAUCAACCCUGCUCUCGCUGUCGCAAGCGGGCUUCGACGAACUAGAGCAGAAACCUUCUCAUCCUACAACACCUCCAAGGGGUUGAAGGACGAGGUCGUUGAACAAACUCCUCCAACCACAGCUGUAGCCAGCGGAAGAGCUAGAGCUGGAUCGCUCUCUCUUCCUGCAAAUAAUAUAUCGACUGCAUUUGGUCCUUCCCUAUUCGCCACCUCAUGGCAGCCAGGUCAACCACAAACACCAACUACGCCAUCAGCCAAUAAUGUAAAUGUAAGUCAAGAUCUGAUGAGUGGUGGUGGUGCAGAAGAAACAGCGUCUUUGGUCCGAACCUUGGAUUUACUGGGAUUGGACGAUGCACUAGACCGAGGAUCACUAAAUACUCCACAAUCAGCACCUGGUAAUAUGGGCUUCAGUGGCGGAGGAGUGCAUGCUCUGUUUGGACGGGCACCUGGAGACAGCUCUGUCUUCACGUCACCAACAUCUCCAUCUCCUACUACGUCGCCAAGCCACAUCCGCAGCAGGUCAUACUCUAUGGCUGUUGGUGAACAACUGUCCAUCACCAUACCGAAUCAUAAUGCAUCAUCAUUAAGGCCUCGAGCUACAUCCAUUGCUUACAUCGAAUCAACCGGCUUGGAUAACGAGAGCAUGCUGAGCAGAAAACCUGCAAACGAGCGGUUGGCACGUGCUGAUAAUUCCACUGCCAUCCCAGAAGAGUCCAUGCCACAUCUAUAUAUGGGCGAGAGUAGUCCAAAUGGUAGUCCAAAUGGAUUUGGUCCCGACUCACCAUCAAACCAUGAACAAAUACCAACUCGAUCGCUUUGGAUUGGUAAUAUCGAUACUACCAUAUCUCCAUCCGACUUGUUGUCCCUCUUCUCUCCAUUUGGUGUAAUCGAGUCCUUGCGAAUCUUGACCGAUAAGGAGUGUGCCUUUGUCAACUAUGUACGAAUAGAAGAUGCUAUACGAGCUCGUGAUGAAAUGCAAGGUAGUCGAGUAGGCAGCUGUAUAGUUAGAGUAGGGUAUGGUAAAGCUGAAUCUAUCAGCGAUAACCAAGGCAUGCAACCAACAAAAUCAUUAUGGAUUGGCAACAUCCCUCCCAUGACAGAACCUGCUGAGUUGGAAAACAUCUUUAGAGUAUUCGGUCCAAUCGAGUCUGCCCGUGUAUUGACACAUAAGAAUUGUGGAUUUGUCAAUUACGAACGAUUGGAGGAUUCCAUGGAAGCUCGAAAAGCCAUGAAUGGUAGAGAGAUUGGUGGAUCAGUUGUAAAGAUAAACUUUGCCAAGGUGCCAAGUGGUGUAGCUACUCCAGGCUCAUCACCAGAUCACGAGAGGCCACCAUAUAACUAUAUAAUGUCAACACCAACUCGAUCUUCAUCCUCGGCAAAUGCUCGUGAUGCAUCCAUGGAUCCCAAUGCUCCAUCCUUCUCACCAUUGGGUGCCCGUACUCAAGGUAUAUUAUAUGCAGGUGGAGGAAUCCCGACUCUAAUGGGUGGUAUUCCAACAAUGACUUCGAAUGGAAUGUCAAUGCUGAUGGGCAAUCAACCACAGCAGCAACAACCGCCAUUAAAUGGUUAUGAAAGCCAUAUGCAAGCUAGUGCCGAUUCAUUAGAUUUGUCAUUGUUGCCAUUCGAUGCCGAUAGUUAUGCUUCCACCAUUCCACCACCUCCAGAACCUCGUGUCAAUCGACGAGUCGACCAAAAUCGUCUACGUGAUAUGAGGAAGAGACUAGAAGGUCAUAUUACAUUGAAGGAAGUAGAUUUGAUAUAUCAAGAGAUUUUGGAAGAUACUGUCGAUUUGUGUACUGACUACAUUGGAAACGUCGUCAUCCAAAAGAUUGUCGACAAGAGUACCGACCAACAUCGAUUACGAUUGCUAGAAAAAGUCGCACCACAUAUGGCAGCAAUAGGUAUUCAUAAGAAUGGUACUUGGGCAGUCCAAAAGAUGAUUGAUAGCGCCAAAACCACCCAACAAAUCCAAGUCAUCGUCACGGCCUUACGAGCAUACUGUCCACCUUUAUUAUUGGAUCAAUUCGGGAAUUACGUUGUACAAUGCUGUUUGAGACUUGGAGCUCACCGUAAUCAAUUCGUGUUUGAUGCAAUGCACUCAAAAGUGGUUGAUAUUGCUCAGGGACGAUUUGGUGCUCGAGCCAUGAGAGCCUGCUUGGAAUCCCAAUAUACUACCAAGAGGCAACAAAAGCAUGUGGCUAUAGCCGUCGUGCAAAACUCUGUACAAUUAUGUACUAAUCCCAAUGGAGCCAUUCUCAUAACUUGGUUAUUGGACACCAGCUCGUUGCCUGGACGAUUCCGUGUAUUGGCUCCUAAAAUAGCACCUCAUAUUGCAGCAUUAUGUACACACAAGUUGGCUAGUGCCACCAUCUUGAAACUUGUCACUCAACGAAUCGAAUUGGAUGCUCGAGAUGUCAUUCUCAAAGCUAUAUUCUUCGGAGAUGACAUUGUUUUGGAGGAGAUAUUGACUGAUCAAGUCCAUGGUGUCUCCGUCAUCCAAAAGAUUUUGGCUUCAGCUUGUGUCUCCAUUGACGAAAAGAUUCGUUUGGGAGAGCGAACUCGUCAAGUAUUGGGUCGCAUGCCGGAACUGCAAGAUAAUGCUAUGGGAUACAAGAGAUUAUUAGAUGAACUAGCAGUCAUCCCAUCAGCUGCCCCGCAAUUGGGUGCCGAAUCAUCCAUGUCAGUUCAAGAUAUCGUAUCUCCAUUGACGCCACAAUCCAGCUUUUUCGCACCCACCGCCACCACAAACACUAGCACUAUAAACAACAACAUGAACACCAUUACACACAACAGCAGCAAUAAUAGUAAUAAUAACAAUAAUGCAUACUUUUCGCAUCUCCCAACUCCAUCACACUCUCCAAACCCACCCAUUACCUCAUACAUGCCUCAAUACGCCAGUAAUCAAUUCCAACAACCUAACUUUGGUCCUACUUCGUACAUGGGGUAUCCCACAUCACCACCACAUCAAUCCUUGUUAAAGAAUAGUAGUGGCAUGUCGUCGUAUGCAUCACCAAACAAGUAUGGGAAUGGUGGAUUGUCAUCACAGCGUUAUCCAGGUGCUCAAUUUGGGAGCUUGCAAAUAGAUGAAUCAGGUUAA